AUGUCGUUGAGUCCAGAUAACACUUUGGAACAGUCAGAAUAUUAUAAGGCCAUCAUGGAGAGCAUCAUGACAUCUGAUGGUGGCUGCAUAUCUUCCAUUGAAAUAUUGAAUUUGGUUGAUCACUUGGAUCGCAGAAUCUCCAAAGCAGAUGCAGAAAAACUUGUUCAAAAGUGGGUCUUGGAGAGGUAUCUUGAAGAGGAUGAAACAUAUGUGUAUCUUGGUGUGCGAACAUUGGUAGAAAUGAACCAGUAUCUACAAGAUGUGUUUCCAGAGCACAUUAGAAACUGCCCACUUUGCAAUGGCCUCAUUGUCUAUGGCUCUACCUGUGAAUCAUGUGGUGGAUUGAUCCACUGUCACUGCCUGAAGAAGUUUUUCAAGGGUGGGAAGGAGCAAAGGAUGUGUCCUAAUUGUAAGCACCCAUGGACUUUGAAUGAAGCAGAAAAGGAUGGUCCUAACCUGUCACAGACUGAGAUGGAUCCCUGGAGCCCAUCUGGCGUUACAAUACCCUGCUCAUACUUUGGAGCAGCUUUGUCGUUUGAAGAUUCAUUCAUCUCUUCACGGUCUCCUCACCAUCAUCCAAGUCGUCUUCCUGACUCAAAAGCAUACAUCAAGAAACUAGAAAACAAGUUGUCUAAACUGAAGGCUGGGUCAGCAAAAACAAGUUCUGCAACAAAUGACUUCUUAAAGAGUCUUGAACAGUCCAAAUUGGAUCAGCUUGUGAACUACUUAAAUAGUAAUUCAGUGGCUGUAGAAGAUACCUACUACAUAAACACACCUCUCCAGUCUUCUGCUGCUGGUGUCCUCAUCCGAAGAAUUGCUCCUCAAUCUCAAGCUUUAUCACAAGAGGAAAUUCUACAUCUUUUGGAGUAUGACCUUCUUGCUCAUUCUGUGCAAUUGGAUGAUGCAAUAAGGGCUAGCAGAGGGAUAGGUCAGGAGAUUGCUAUCCAGUUCUCAAAGAAGUUUGGACUUCAGUCACUUUUAACUAUUGUGGCUAGGAAUUCUCAAGGUUUGAAAGAGACCAUGGCUGCCAUUGAAGCUCAAGGGUCUAAUGUGACUGUGAAGCCUUUCUCAGUUGAUCUGUCCAAGCCAGAUCCUUCCAAGUUCAGGAAGUUUCUCUUGCAAUCCCUGGCAGAGACGAACACCAAGCCUGAAGACUAUGAUAAGGCCAUUAUUGUCCACAAUGCAGGGAACCUUGGCCCUGUCACAAAGAAGGUUUCUUCUUAUGAUGACCUGAAUGAGAUGAGGGAAUAUUUUGACUCUCAGGUGCACUCUGCCAUCUGCUUAAAUACAGAAUUCCUGAAGAUUUUCUCUCCUGACAAGGUAAAAAACAAGACUGUCAUAAAUAUCUCAUCCCUGGCUGCCUUGCAACCCUUCAAGGGUUGGGGUCUUUAUUGUGCAGCAAAGGCAUGUCGAGAUGCCUUUUGCAGGAAUCUGGCUGCUGAAGAUCAGGAUUUGGAUGUCAUCAGCUAUGCUCCAGGACCUGUGGAAACUGACAUGAUUCAGCAUGCCAGUGAAGCAUCCAUGAAAGAAGUGAAGUCAAUGAUUGAUGACAUGAGGAAAAAGAAGAUCACAUUAUCCACUGAGAAAACAAUAGGGCGCCUUGUUCAGAUCCUGACUGAUAAGAAAUACAAUUCUGGAGGUUACUUGGAUGAGUGCACGAGUACACAAGUACUCAUCUUCACCAGUACUCAAGAGUACCAAGAUGACUCACUAGUUCCUCCUCCCAUACCACGACCUCGGGAGGAGGAAUUUUCUUCCAUUAAAGAUAGUGAAGGUAUAGUACAUGUGUAG